AUGUCAGGGGCCACCAUCAAAGCUAUCGAUAGCAGCUCAAUCCAUCGAAUCACCUCCGGUCAGGUUGUCAUUGACUUACAGACUGCUGUUAAGGAACUUGUGGAGAACAGUAUCGACGCUGGAGCGACAAGCAUAGACAUACGGUUCAAGCACUAUGGACUUAGGGCAAUCGAGGUUGUCGACAAUGGAUGUGGCAUCAACGAGGAGGACCAUGAGAGUAUUGCAUUGAAGCACUGCACCUCGAAACUAUCUUCCUUCUCUGACUUGACGGCAGUCCAUACAUUUGGCUUUCGAGGAGAAGCUCUAUCAUCCCUGUGCGCCCUUUCGGAAUCGGUCACUGUCACUACGAGCACGAAGGCACCAAUGGGGACGAGUUUAGACAUGGCGCCAAGUGGGAAAGUAAAGAAGAAAUCGAAGGUUGCUCGUCAGCGAGGCACAACCAUCAACAUCGUGAACCUCUUCUUGCCGCUGCCUGUUCGACGCAAAGAAUUCGAGAGAAAUCUGAAGCGAGAAUUCGGAAAGGCAAUAACGUUGUUGACGGCAUACGCACUGGUUCCAUGUGCAUCAAUCAGACUCUCCGUGACCAAUCAACUUGACUCUGGCAACAAGUCUGUGCAGUUGCGCACAAAUGCAGCAUCAUCGGUUCGGGCAGCAGUUACAGCUCUGUGGGGAAACAAGGCGCUUGAUAACAUUGUCGACCUAGAUCUCUCACUUGACGUAGAGCGAGAUAAACAUGCCACGAAGCGGCUAGCUGCCCUGCAACCUGAUCAAGAUAAUGCCGAUAUGGCCUCAGCAGCGUCUUUGAGCGUUUUCGUAAAGGGCUUGAUAUCCAAGUUCUCCGUCAACCAGGGCAGAUCUGGAACGGACCGUCAAUUCUUCUACAUCAACGGGCGACCUUGUAAUCUAUCUAAGGUCCAGAAAGCUUUCAAUGAAGUUUACCGAUCGUUCAACGCUACACAAUCACCAUUCAUCAUCGCUGACUUUCUCAUCCCUACUGAUUCUUACGAUGUCAACGUCUCCCCCGACAAGCGUACGAUUUUCCUACAUAACGAAGCCAACUUGAUAGCAGCUCUACGCAAGGCGCUGGAAAAGACGUUUUCACCCUCCAGAUCUACUUAUGAUAUGAACAACAAUCUAGCCGCGCCCGUAUCUCCACAAAUAGCAAUUACUCCAUCACCGACGAAGAAGAGAACUCAAGCCGCCGCGAAUGAGCGUCCAGGCUCGUCAAAGAGAACGACACCAGAGAGGGAAGAUGAGGGAGGAGACAACGAGGAUGGCGGGCUCGAAUCGAAUGUCUGUGAAGAGACGAUGAUGCCCAACGACAAACUCCCGACGCCUUCGCCACCCACCCCGAGCCGAACUCAUUGUCAGCAAGCUCUCUCUUCACUCCCUUCAUCGCCGUCCGCCUCUUUACCGCCGAUCAACGUCCUCGAAGAUGAUCCCGAACCUACCGUGAUCGUCUUAGACACCACAAAGGCGGUUUGGAGUCAAGGCGCGCCACGCUCGCCAAGACAAUUUACCCCUUCACAAGACGGCGCCGACGAUUGCGACAAGGAAGAUGCCGUUGAUGCUCUAAGCGCUGUCGAUGAAGAAGUACAGGAACCGCCCCGGAAGAAACAAAGGCGUGCGGCAUCUUCGUCCCCUGCUCUUGUCCAGAGGAAGAUCAAAGACAUGUUUCGUCAACCCGCCGAUGUUUGCAAUCCUGCCAGCUUGGUUUCAGCGAGAAAUAAUGUCGUAAAGACGAAUACCGCGAACGGGGGUGGUGCUCAAGACGUCGCCCAGCGGGAUGUCGUUGCGAAAUCUCUCACUCUAGUCAAUCGACGCUCUCAUCUGCGAGAUUAUAUGAUGCCAGGUAGCCAAGCGCUUGCCGACUCUUCAGGAAAUGUUGGCGUGAACGAAGGAGUUGAUGACAAUGCCGCAGACGAAGAACAAGUAGCGGACGUUGACGAACUUAUGUCACCAUCUCCACGACAUGACGUUACCGAUACCGCCGACGCUAUGGACAUGGAUGCUCUAGGAGAGGAGAAGAUAGCAUCACAUCAUGAUCCACUAUUUCUGGAUAGCCCGAAGCCAGACUUCGUCGACCUCACCGACGACUCCCUAUUCGAAGACGAUAUAUCUACGCUCGAUGAACCUGACUCUUCCAUUCUCACUCCGUCACAGACUAGCUCUGCUCCCAUUCUACGUCCAGAAGUCAUCCGCAGCAAUAGCACUAAUGAGAGCGGAGACGUCACAGUGCGCUUCGACUUCACUCACAUCAGUCAAGUGUGGCUUGACUUGCAAGACCGGCUACGGGACGCGUCCGUCGAGUCCCCUGGCACGGCUUCGAAUAGUGUAGAAAUGGGUGACGCGGGGAUUACAAACGUCAGUGAUGAAGACAAAGCGAUUCAGACGCUAACAAGAGUCAUUGAGAAACAAGAUUUUGUCAAAAUGCAAAUAGUGGGCCAGUUUAAUUUAGGGUUCAUCAUCGUACGCCGGCGGAAAUCGAGGUCUCAGCAGGUGGGCGUCGAUGUGGAUACCAACCUCGAUGCAGAUUCCUCCGGUACCCUGGACGACUUGUUCAUCGUUGAUCAACAUGCUGCGGAUGAAAAAUACAAUUUCGAGCAACUUCAGGAGACCACUAAAAUCAAGUCCCAGCGGCUGAUCAAGCCACUGAACCUUGAGUUGACUGCUGCAGACGAAAUUGUCGCUCUGGAAAAUAUCGAAGUUCUUCGGAAUAAUGGUUUCGAUGUUGUCACGACUCAGGAUGACGAGGAGAAUGCAAGCGACUCUAGUUCUUGCCCAACCCGACGGCGUCUCCAGCUUAUUGCGCAGCCAGUAAGCAAAGACACUAUCUUCGGAGUCAAAGACCUCGAGGAGCUCAUCCAAUUGAUGCACGAUCACCAUGCCGGUCAAAUGGUGAGACCCUCCAAAACCCGUGCCAUGUUUGCUAUGCGUGCUUGUCGUAAAAGUGUGAUGGUCGGUAUGCCCUUGACCAGGAGGCAAAUGACUACUGUUAUCCAUCACAUGGGAACGAUGGACUUGCCAUGGAACUGUCCCCACGGGCGCCCAACCAUGCGCCAUUUGUCAGAUAUAUCUUCUACGCAAGAACAUUUGAAACCACCUGCCUUCCGUCCUAUUGACUGGUCAAGGCUGGAACGGAUGUGA